AUGUCGUCGCAGACCGAGUGGCCGCAGUCGCUCAAGGACUUUGCCAACCGCGCAUUUGCGGCGUGCAACGAUGCCAACCGCAAGGCGGUGUCGGACGAGCUGCGUGCGCUCAUCUUUGACUCGUUCCAGAACGGGACGAUCCACACGACCGACUGGGCGAAUGCAUCGCUCAAGUCUCUGGCUGGUCCGUCAUCGGUGCCGAAAAAGUCGCUCAAGAAGAGGGUGGCACCGCCAUCCACGCCAGCUGCACUGGCGGAUCCAGACGAGCAGGCACGCAAGGAGAAGCGCGCCAGACGAUUCGAACGCGAACAGGCGCAGUUUCAGCACGAGGAGAAUGAAGCGAAUCUGGAGUCGACCAGCUUGGCUUCGCGAUUCGGCUCGUCGCAGAAUGGAUUCGCCAAGCAUGGGGUGGAUGUGGAUGUGGCCGAUCCCAACGUGAUUGAUUGGGACGAGCAUACGGUGGUCGGCACAAGCACCAAGCUCGAAAAGUCGUACCUGCGAUUAACGUCGGCGCCGGAUCCAAAGACGGUGAGGCCGCUCUCGACGCUCGUGCAGACGCUCGAGCUGCUCAAGAAAAAAUGGCGCACCGAGAACAACUACGGCUACAUUUGCGACCAGUUCAAGUCGGUGCGGCAGGAUCUGACGGUGCAGCGCAUCAAGAACGAGUUUACCGUCAAGGUGUACGAGAUCCAUGCGCGCAUUGCGCUCGAAAUGGCCGAUCUGGGCGAGUACAACCAGUGCCAAUCCCAACUUCGCGGUCUCUAUGCCCACGGCAUCCGGGGUAGCGCCAUGGAGUUUUUGGCGUAUCGCAUUCUGUACCUCCUCCACACCAAGAAUCGAAGAGAGGAGCACAAGGAGGAGGUGGCGGUGAAGCAUGCACUGGAUGUACGCAAGGCGCUGGUAACGGGCAACUACCAUGCGUUUUUCAAGCUGUAUGCGGAUGCGCCCAACAUGAAUGCCUAUGUGAUGGACCACUUUGUGGAGCGCGAACGCAUCAAUGCGCUCCUCGUCAUGUCCAAAUGUUAUCGACCCGGAGUGGCGCUUUCGUUCAUCGCGGACGAACUGGCGUUCCAGGACGUGGUGGAAGCAGACGCCUUUCUCGCCGCCAACAAUGCGGCCGUCUACAUCGAGCCUACCCCGGCAGAAAUCGCUGCCCUCGCACCUGCGGGUAGGAAGAAAAAGGCGAGGCCGGCAGUGCCCUUGGACAAGCGACAGUGGGACGCAAAGGCCGCCAUGCAACCGCUGGCCGAUGCCAUUGUCAAGUUCCGCAAAGUCGACUGGAAUCGGUUCGCUGCAGGCAACUCUGCCCCUGGCUCUUCGGACGUCAUCCGUCGCAUCGAAGUGAUCUGGGGCCGCGAACGUCUCCAAAUCGUGCUUCCCCGCACGAGCGAACCCGUGACGCUGGGUCACUUGCGUCAAGAGAUCGCGUCGAUCACAGCGCUCCCCUAUGAAAAGAUCAAGCUCAUCCACCGUGGUCUCAUCCUGCGCGACGACCGUCUGCCUCUUACCGCCUACGGACUCGUCGAAGGCUCGCGCAUCGGCCUCGUCGGAAGCAGGGAAGGUGAUCGUCCCGGCGCAAAGACCUCGCAGCUCUCAGUGGGCGAGCAAAAAGCACGCGAGAAGAAGGCCAAGGAACAGGAUACCAGCGAGCAAGGCCUCAUGAACCGCAUCACCGAAGCCCUCGACUCCGCCAAACUACUCUUUCCCGAAGUGGAAGAGGUAGAGGCCAAGGUGGAAAAGGGAGAGGCGGAAGGUGUGGAGGAGACGCAUAGGAGGGUGUCGGAACUGUUGUUGAGACAGUUGCUCGCGCUGGAUUCGGUGGGUGUGAAUAGCGAUACGACCAGGCAGGCGAGGAAGGUGGCGGUCAAGCAGGUCCAACACCAUCUGGAUCGUCUCGAUGCUGCGUGGUCCAAGUUCAAGGCCAAGUCGUCGUUGUAG